GUGAUCGUCGCAUACUCCAUGCGACCCCGCUAUUCCUCUACUAUAAUAUGGAUAUACAGCACAUCCGCGCUCUUAUCAACAUCCAAUUCUCGUAUUUGUGGUUUUGCGAAGUGUUUAUCAAAUAUAAAUGGAUUAUUUUGUAAAGUGCCAUUGGAAACGAUUACUUUUAUAAGUAGGUAGCUGUGUGAUUGAAUUACUAAUAUAGGUGUACAUAUACGAUGGAACGUUAUAAAUCGAUGGUGUUUCGAUGGUGUGCUUCCUAUACAACAGUGAUUUAAUCUUAAACUAGUGUUAGUGGCCAUAAAGUCUGAUCUGUUAGACUGCGUUAAGUUAUGUAUUAGUUAGUUUUGUAUAUUGUGGAGUAUGCUGAUCAACACUUUCUUGGACACGGAGGAUUUCGUGCAUCUUUAUUAUCCGGAGGAUGAAGUACCUGCCACCCAGGGUUGUGGGGCAGGUGCACGUAUGGCCUCCAAAUACCCGGCUAGACCGCCCAGCCCUGAUUAUACCAAGGUAGCAUCGUCGUCGACGAACGAGAUGAGCGAACGCGAGCGGCACCGCUCGCCGCCGCAGCCGGAGCCGCCGCCGCACCGCGUGCGCGCGUCGGAUCUGUACCCGCGCGAGCGAACGCACUUCGAUGAGCCCGACCUGGAAAUUGGAUUCACGCCGAUAUGCGGGGAGUUCGUCAAGUGGGUCGGCCGAACGGCGGAUGGUGGUUCUAUAGCAAUGUCCAAUUACCGUCUUCACGUGCAACCGCGCCGGCGCACUGGGCCCGGCGCGUCGGUACCACUGCGACUCAUUGAUGCUGUGGAAAUACGAGAUCUCAUACAUUUGGUUGUACUCUGCAAAAAUGGACGCACUAUCAAGUGCACAUUUAGUACAGGAGACCAGUGCGUGGAGUGGUGGCGCAGAAUCAACACCGGCCUAGUAACUAUGAACUCAGUGCAGGAGACAUUUGCGGCAGCGUAUGCCGCGUGGGCUAAGGAACAACCGCCCACAUCUGUGCACAGAGCACUCCUGAAAGCAACGCACAACUUAAAGGAGCCCUGGUGGCACGUAGAGGCUGAUAGACUUGGCUUCAAUGAAAGCAGAGUAUGGCGAAUCUCGAUGGCUAACUCAGAUUUUAAGUUAUGCUCGUCCUACCCACCGGCACUCAUAGUACCCAGAAAUAUUGGAGACGAGGACCUCGAUUCAGUUGCACGGUUUCGUGCGAUGCGUCGUAUACCGGCGGUUGUGUGGCGGCACCGUGGUAAUGGCGCGGUGAUAGCCCGCUCAUCGCAACCGGAAGUCGGAUGGCUCGGCUGGCGGUCGAGCGAGGACGAACGCUUACUGGCGGCUUUCGUCACCGCCUGUCACGAAGACAAGACCACACUCUCCUCGGGCAACAACAAGCAACAAAAGCUACUAAUAGUGGACGCGCGUUCUUACGCGUCAGCGGUGACGAACCGCGCGCGCGGAGGUGGCUGCGAGUGCCAGCAGUACUACCCGGCCGCCGACAUACAGUUCAUGUGCCUGCCCAACAUACACCACGUGCGCCGCAGCUUCCAGCAGAUGCGGGCGCUCGUCGCCGAGCCCAGCGACCAGGCCAACUGGCACAGCAACCUGGAGCGCACGCUGUGGCCGCAGUACGUGGCGGGCGUGCUGCGCGCGGCGGGCGUGGUGGCCCGGGCGGUGGCGGGCGGCAGGCCCGCGCUCGUGCACUGCUCGGACGGCUGGGACCGCACGCCGCAGAUAGUGGCCGCCGCUCAGCUGCUGCUGGACCCCUACUACCGCACCAUGCAGGGCUUCCGGAUAUUGAUUGAACGUGAAUGGCUUGACUUCGGUCACAAGUUCGCGGAUCGGUGUGGCCACCAGUUCAAUUCUGAGGAUCCCAACGAGAGGUCACCCAUCUUCCUGCAGUGGCUCGAUGUCGUACACCAACUGAUGUUGCAGUACCCCUGCAGUUUCGAGUUCAACGAAGCUUAUUUGAUAAAGCUGGCGACGCACGUGCACUCGUGCAUGUUCGGCACGUUCCUGUGCAACACGUCGCGCGAGCGGGGCGACGCGCGGCUGGCCGACCUGACCUCGUGCGUGUGGCACCUGCUGGCCGCGCCCGCCUACAGGAACCACCUCUACUCGCCGCACCAUCCAGAACAGGUGAUAUGGCCGGAGUGCAGCGUGCGCUCGCUGCAGCUGUGGUGGGCGAUGUACGGCGGCGAGCGGGACGAGCGGGCCGACGAGCCCGAGCCGGCGUCGCUGGAACCGCUCGAGCCGCUCGAGUCGCUCGCUCCGCUCGAACCGCUCGCACCGCUCGCACCGCUCGCGCCCCCGGACGCACACCCGCACGCCGCAGUCGCACAGCCGCGUACUUCACACACCGGCAUGUCAAAAACAAGAUCUUGCGAUAAUCUUUUGGCGGAAGGAGAGAAGAGAACAGCGCAGCGACGCUGCAGCGAUCCCAGCAUUGCAGCCGAUGUUAUGAAGCUGUCGGUGUCGGGCGGCGGCGGCGAGUGCUCGGGGCGGCGCGGGUGUCGCGGGGCGCUCACCGACAGCUGCGUCGACCAGCUGCCCGUGCUGCCCGUCCACGAGGAACAACACCAUGUUGGUAGUCUUCACCCCGACCACUUCGAAAGUCAACGGAUACCUCGCGACCUCGCCAGCGGCUCGUCCUCGCUGGAGCGCGAGCUGGGCGGCGCGGAGGGCGCGGCGGGGGGUGCGGGGGGCGCGGGGGGGUGUGCGGCGGGGGGCGGUGACGUCACGGACGGGCCGCGCUGCCGCCGCGCCACCCCCGACGUGGGCACGCCGGAGGAGCAGCCGGUUUUUCUCUGCGACACGUAUACUGAUGUCAUCGGGAUAGCUGAUGCGGCAAGAGAGUCCGGUCGUUCCCGUCACAUCAGUAUCACGUGGCGGUCUAUAUCAGAAUCGAGUAACCAAUCGAAUCCGUCGUCGAGCGGGUUCGACAUAGAGACGCGACGGUCCCCGGACGCGCAUUCGGGCGACGAGUACCCGGCCCGGACCAGGCCCGGCCCCGGGCCCGGCUCCGCGCCCGGCCCCGCACUCAACGGGGCCGCGCACCACGGGACCAACGGACACGUCAACGGGACCAACGGACAUGUCAACGGAUAUGACGAAGUCACCGGGAAGUUUUUGGAUGUCGAUUUUAAUGGUGGCGCGACAUCUAGCAGCAUAUCGUCGGAGAGCGAGGGCGAGGCGGCCUCGGGAGCGCCGCUGGUGGGCGCGGGCCCGUGCGGCCGGAGGUCGGCGCACGCGCGCGGCCGCGUGCCCAGCCAGCUGACGCUGUGCCCCGCGUCGCCACGCCGCCAGCCCUGCUGCCACUGCAGCCGCCGCGCCAGCACCACCAGCGGCGUGGAGACGUCUGGCGAGUCCGCGACGAGCUCCGAGUGGUGGUGGGGCGGGGGCGUCCGCUGCGUGUGCGGCGCCGCCGGGCCGGCCCCCGCCGCGCCCGCCGCCGACGCGCUCGACGGCCUGCCGCCCGCCACCGACCCGCUGCAGGCGCGUCUGCAUCAGAUCAUCCUCCACCAGAAGAAAGUAGUCGAGGAACUAAGCGGACAACUCAGAGAGGCGCGCGAAGCUCUCCGGCUAGCGUCGCCCGUGGCUGCGCCACCACCACUUGUCGCUUCGCCCACACAGAUGGCGAGUAGCGGGAGUGCGAGCGGAAGCGUAAGCGUGCGCGGUAGCGGCAGCAGCAGCGGAAGCGGAAGCGGUAGUGCGUCCGAGGUGGAGGUGGGAGAGGAGGCGCGCGGCGUGGUUUGGCUGCCGGACAGCGCCGCGCCGCGCUGCCAGUACUGCAGCAACCACUUCUGGCUCGCCAGGCGGCGCCACCACUGCAGGCGGUGUGGCGGCAUCUUCUGCGGAUCGUGCUCCGAGAUGAGCUCGUGGGGCGACUGCGGGUCGGUGCGGGUGUGCCGGCGGUGUCGCGCGCAGCGGUGACGCGAGCUCACGCCCGUGACCGCGCCCGCCCGAGUGACCGUGACCGCCCGCGCCCCCGUGACCGCCCCCGCCCCCGUGACCGUGACCGCCCCCGUGAUUAAACUCGCGCGCGCUCACGUCGCCACGCUACUCAAACACACGUUCAACUGAGCCGCGAUCUCCGCUACUAUCUGUAGGUCUUUGUGCCGUUCGCGUGAACCUCUCGCGCACCUAUGACGUCCUGGUACCGGCGUCGUACGGACGAAGAGGUGGGAGACGAAAGUAGCGUUUUAUUUGCGAUAUCGGUUAAGGGAGCACGAUAUGUAUGGAAUACAUUAUCCAUGCGGUUA